AUGCCUCUCAAGUCCGACAUUAUCAUCGAUGCGGGGAAAUUCGACCCCGCGAACAAUCCUGAGCGAGUCAAUAAGUUCAAUGAAACAAUAACUGCAAUGUUUAACUCCGCAGUAGAUUGGUACGAGGUGGGAGCUGCAAAAUAUCGACAAAUGCGAUGGGCUGGAGAGACAGGCUUCCCCGUACCACCCACUCUACCCCAAGGCAUCAAUAUCACAAUUCCCUCUCGCGAAUCUGGUCGAGAUAUACCUUGCCGAAUAAUCUAUCCGACGAGCCGCGCAACGGAAGAAGAUCGCAAGAAGUGCAAGGGCUCCAUUCUUCACUUUCACGGCGGUGGAUGGACGUUAGGUGAUGAGAGAUCACAGGAUGCUUUAUUGGAGUCCUUUGCUGAUGCUGGUGAUCUCGCUGUUAUUUCUGUUGGUUACAGACUUGCCCCAGAAGAUCCAUUCCCUAAGGCUCCGGAAGACUGUAUGGAUGCGGCUGAAUACCUCAUCAAAAACUCAGAACGGGACUAUGGCGGCCCAUUGGAGUUCAUUGGCGGCGAGUCCGCUGGUGCUCACCUAACUCUCACGACCAUAUUCCAGCUCCUCAAGCUCUACCCCAACUUUAAGCUCUCAGGCCUGCUUCUACACUGUGGCUGCUACGACAACUCCCUCCUCCCUCAAUUCCUUCACAUGCUCUACGCGCCCAUACUCCCCCAAAAGCAAACUCUACGCUUCAUGCAUGGCUUUCUACCAAACAUGAGUACGGAACAGAGGAAAGAUCCAUCCGUCUCCCCGUUCUACGAAGAUCUAUCUAUACUCCGCGGCCGCUUGCCCAGCGCGCUAUUCACGUGCGGGACGGAGGAUCCAUUGCUAGAUGAUACAGUGCUAAUGGGCACGCGGUGGCUAAUGGCGGGCGGAGAGGCAAUCGUGAAGAUUUAUACGGGAGCGCCUCACGGGUUCCUUUUGUUUCCGCCGGAGGUGUUGGCCGAGGCUAAGACGUGCUUGCUGCAUACGAAGACUUUUAUCCAGGACCGUUUGGCGGUAAGAGCUUCGUGA